CUCCUCAAGUGCUGCUUCCACACGCUGAGCAACAGUUUGCCAGUUUUCAAGCCCUCUUCUCUUCCACAGUCAGUAGACCGUGUGUGUGGCCAGAGCGCACAACGCGUCGUUGUCCAGGGCAUUAAUGAGGUUGAGGGGUCAUGCAUUAAAACACAGCCAUCCAUCAAGGAGAUAUGCUGCUUUGCCUCUAGCCCUAGAUAUCAAGUAGCUCGGUGUAGGCUAUUGCACGAAUCUGACGCUGGCAUCGCAGCUUAUUUUGUAAAAGUCUUAAAAAGUUCUUUAGGUGUUACAAAGUAGUGCUCGGUCGCUUGGUCUUCAGUGCAUACUGCAAAAUGGGGUGUUCAUCUUCCAGUUCUCAAACCGUAGCGGCAGAAAACAGACCAGGCACCAAACCAGAAGAAAGCAAUGGAGACACAACUUUCGUGGCCCGUAAUGGAGGGGUCAUCGCGGAGGACACAGAGACCAUCGCGGACCAGAUGCAGCUGCCGGUGCAGAGUGCCCUGCCGGACGAGCUGGUGCCCGGGGUGCCAGAGGCGGAGGAGGAGCCGGUAGUGCAGGCCUGCGAAGCCACCGAGAGCCUGCUGGUGGAGGAGGCGGAGGAGGCAACGGUGGUGGAGGAGGCGGCAGCCGCCCCUGAACCAGAGGCAGCACCAGAGCCCGUGGCUGUUGCCGAGCUCGUGUCUAUUGCCGAGCCUGAGCCUGAACCUGUCGCUGCUGCUGCUGAAGUCUCUGAGACUGUUGUGGAGUCCGAGGUGGCUGUGGAGGCAGCAGCGCCUGCACCAGCUGAGGUGACGGAGGUAACGCAAGUGACGGAGGUGGUGUCUGUGGCUGCUGCUGCUGAGGCUGAAGUAACGCAGGUGACGGAGGUGGAGGCUGAGGCACCUGCAGCAGCACCUGCGGCCGAGGAAGUAACGCAGACGGAGGUGGAGUCUGUGGUUGAGGCACCUGCAGUGGAGGCCGUGGCCCCUGUAGAAGUGGCGCCGGCCGUGGCCCCUGAGGUACCUGCUGCACCUGUUGAGGUCGCUGCUGCCCCUGUAGAGGCUGCUGCCCCACCAGCCGAGUCGGUAGAAGUGGCUGAAGCCCCAGCAGCAGCAGAGCCAGCAGCAGCAGCACCAGCGCCAGAGCCUGUAGCGGCUGCCCCAGAAGAACCCGCUGCCGCCCCAACAGAACCUGAGCCCACUCCUGCUGCUGCCGCCCCAGCACCAGAGCCCGCCGCCGCCCCAGCCCCUGUUGAGGAGACCAAAGAGCCGGCACCAGCACCAACGCCGGCACCUGAGUCAGCCCCAGUAGUGGAGGCAGCCCCAGUAGUGGAGGCAGCACCAGCCCCAGCUGCAGCCGUCGAGGCAGCCCCAGCCCCAGAGGCCGCCCCAGCCCCAGCCCCAGUUCCAGAGGCCGCCCCAGCCCCAGUUGCAGCCGUUGAGGCCGCCCCAGCCCCAGCCCCAGUUCCAGAGGCCGUCCCAGCCCCUGCUCCAGUUCCAGAGGCCGCCCCUGCUCCAGUUGCAGCCCCAGCACCAGCCCCAGUGGCGGUGACUCCUGCCCCUGUUGCCGCUCCGGCUGCAGCCCCUGAGGGGGGCGUGGCAGAGCUGGUGGAGGAGCUAGUGGUCCCACUAGAGACAGGAAGUGACUUGGUGAAAGUGGACUAGCGACGCCAUGGCGACCGUAAAGACUGAAGAACAGAACCCUGCUGCCAGUGCAGAUAAUUCAAGAUGCGCCUUCAACAAACACAGUUUAUGUGUAGCCCAAAGAAUAAAUGAACAUGUUUACACACACACACACUACACACACACAGACACACACACACACACUACACAGACAGACACACACACACUACACAGACACCCCUAACAAUAUGCAGACCAUUUGUCAGACUCUUGAUUAAUGACUAAUCUGACACCAUGGUGCCUUUUGUUACCUAUAAAUGUAUGGAGUAGUAAUGGCAGUUCUACCAUUUGUAAAUAUGUACUUGUGCUAGCGAUGUAUUUGAAUGCGUGAAGUGAUGAAAGUGUCUCGAGCCACCUGAGUUUUUUUUCUCAAAGGGAAACUGCCAUUUUAGAAUGGCAACACAGUGGCAAAAUGGCUGAUAAUGGCCAUGUAUAGCAAAAAAACACUUCAGGUUUAUGUGAGAAAUUGAAAGUGGGUAUCACUUUCUCCAUACAUACAGUACAUAUACAUAAACCCACGAGCACGUCAUCAGCAUCUCUUUGUCAUCAAGUUGCUCCAGUGAGAUUGUCUGCAAUGGUUUGUGAGUAUUUAACAGCAGCCCAGCACUGCUUCACUCAUUUUUUUCAUUGUAUGUGAGGAAAAUAAGCCAAAAAUAAUGUAACAACUGUGAAAAGGUGUGUGUGUUGUGGCUACGCAUGAGAGGCUCGGUCCGAGAAAGGGAACUUCGCCUUUGUGAACGCAACAUGUUUUUUUUCUCCCGAAAUCCUGCUAAUGUCGAAUGUUUAAUGAAGUUCAUUUGUUUUGUUUCUUUGAGGGGAGAGGAGUCUUACACUUAAUCAUUCUGGAAGAUUAAUUCAUUUGUUGUCGCAUGCGUAUCACUACUUAUUCUAUUCUAUUCCUGUUUUUCUCUGCUUUAAAGUAUGUUGUUGUGUCCAUUUUCAUGUACGUAUUUAUCUAUGCAGAGUAAAUUUUGAAUAUUAAAGAUAGAUUUCAUUUUACUGUGUGUGCGUGUGUGGCCUACCCUUUAAAGAAAAGCACAUUGGGGGGGUGGUUCUCAAAUUGAGUCAUGAAACGCAACAGCAAGAGUGGUUAGAGGUCAAGUCUACCAUGGCUCGUCUGAGGAGUGCGUCUUUCUUCUUUGACGUCAGCUUCAAACAACAUGAACUAUCCCGUGCGCUCAUCAGACCGCUGUGUGGGCAGCCGUAUUGGACCAAUGUGGAUAAAGGCCUUCUGAACGGUCUUAGCACAAUUUUGCACGAGACCUGCACACGUCUUCUGGGCUUCCUGGUGUUUUUGCAGUUAAUUUCCUCUCACUGUGAAUAUAAAUAAUAUUUUUACGUACCUGUAAAAAAGCAGGAAAAAAGGUCUUUCCCCGUUCUCUUUCCUCUUUCCCCAAUCUUUUUACUGUAAAGAUCACCUGCCAUCUGUAAUAUACUCAUCUCUGGGCUUCACUAUAGCUUAUUAGUGUACAGAAUAAAGUGGCUGUUAC